UAAAAUGACCUCAGCAGACAACGACACCGUGAAGAGAAAGGAAAUCUACAAGUAUGAGGCACCUCUGGCCCUCUUCAGUAUGAACUGGAGUAAUAGACCAGACAAGAAGUUCCGACUUGCCCUUGGAUCAUUUAUAGAAGAAUAUGCAAAUAAAGUAUACAUAGUUCAACUCGAUGAAGCUACAUCAGAGUUCAAAACUUUGGUGACUUUUGAUCACCCAUAUCCAACGACGAAAAUAAUGUGGAUUCCAGACGAGGGUUCUGCGCACCCAGAUAUUCUUGCGACGUCAGGCGACUAUUUGAGAAUUUGGAAGUGUUCAGAGCGAGAUGAUGCUACAUCAGUGAAAAGCGAAUGUUUAUUGAACAAUAAUAAAAACUCCGAUUUUUGCGCUCCCCUGACAUCUUUCGAUUGGAAUGAAACGGAUCCGAAUCUGAUUGGGACUUCUAGCAUCGACACAACCUGUACAAUUUGGAACUUGGAAACUAAACAGGUAAUUGGCAAACAUUCAGCUGCGCUCACAGGUCACGUGAGAACUCAACUGAUUGCACAUGACAAAGAAGUGUACGACAUAGCUUUCAGCAAAAUUGGAAGUGGUCGAGACAUUUUUGCGUCUGUUGGCGCGGAUGGUAGUGUCCGGUUGUUUGAUCUGCGGCAUUUAGAGCACUCAACCAUUAUAUAUGAAGACAGCGCACACAAUCCGCUGCUUAGACUUGCUUUCAACAAGAUGGAUCACAACUACAUCGGAACUAUGACAAUGGACAGUUCCGAUCUGAUCAUUUUGGAUAUCAGGGUUCCAGGAACACCUGUCGCGACGUUGAAAAACCACAGAGCAUGCAUCAAUGGUCUAGCUUGGGCGCCCCAUUCUUCGAUUCAUAUUUGCACAGCAGCUGAUGAUCAUCAGGCGCUGAUCUGGGACGUCGGACAGAUGCCGAGAAACAUCGAAGAUCCCAUUCUUGCCUACACAGCUGACGGAGAGGUCAAUCAAGUUCAAUGGGCUUCAUCUCAGCCCGACUGGAUUGCAAUCUGUUACAAUAACUGCUUGGAAAUUUUGAGAGUGUAGUUCACAAGAUAAGACUUAUUUAUUGGGUUGAAGUACCAAAAAUGUGCAUCUCAAUAUGGCUGCAGGCCCGUGGCACGUAGAUGCGAAGGGGCGUUUGAGUUCUGUUUUCAAAUACCUCCAAACUCAAGUAGUUUUUACUAAAUAAUUUGAUAACUCAA